AUGUCUCAAAAGUACGAGAGGUUUAGCGACGACCUCAACGAUAGUAAGAUGUCUGGUGUGACCACUAAUGGCAAGACCAGUAGUGUUAACAAUAAUAAGUCGUCGACAUCGCUGACCAAAUACCCGGUGGUGACCACUGAGCCGUCCAUUGAGAUCACUCGCGAUGAAGAGUCUGAACAACAGGCCAAUGGCUACCAAUCGCAAGGGUUUUAUGUCUCCCGGCGCGAGAAAGUGCGGCGGAUUGUCGAGAACCUGUACUUCCGACUGUUUGGUAUGUUCAUCAUAAUCGUGGACCUGAUUCUGUUGGCCAUAGAUCUCANCAUUGAGAUCACUCGCGAUGAAGAGUCUGAACAACAGGCCAAUGGCUACCAAUCGCAAGGGUUUUAUGUCUCCCGGCGCGAGAAAGUGCGGCGGAUUGUCGAGAACCUGUACUUCCGACUGUUUGGUAUGUUCAUCAUAAUCGUGGACCUGAUUCUGUUGGCCAUAGAUCUCAGUAUUGAGAAAUCAGAUAACGAAGAGCUGGUGUUCAACGUGUUGUCAAUGAUUUUUGGCACUUAUUUUGUGAUUGAAGUGUCGCUGAGAAUAUACGCCAAAACAAUGCAGAUAUUCUUCAUCGAUAUGUUCGACACAUUGGACUUUGCGGUCAUUUUUGUCAGUUAUAUCGUGACCGGAAUCUACUGUUUCGUCGAAUUGAGUGGUUUUACCCGACUCGUAAUAUACGGUCGAGUGGUUCGCAUCGUGCGGUCCGUGAUGUUGAUCCGUCUCUUCUAUACGGAGCCCCGGAAUGUGCGGAGAGGUGUCCGACACGCCGUCUCCGAAAACAAGCGCCGCAUCCGGACAUCCCUUUUCGACUUAGACCUCACGUACGUCACCGAACAGAUCAUCGCCAUGUCCUUCCCAUCCAGUGGAAGAAUGGCUUUCUAUCGCAAUAACAUUAAGGACGUGUCGGCCUAUCUCGACAAAAAUCACGGCCCGGACUCGUAUCAAGUCUUCAAUUUAUGCGCUGAGAAACACUACGACACGACUUACUUUCACGGAAGGGUUGUCCACUUUGCCAUCGAUGACCACAACGUGCCAUCACUCGAGCAGAUCAUGGAGUUCUGCAAAGAGGCCAACCAGUGGCUCAAAUCAAGUGCCGAUAACGUGAUUGCCGUCCACUGUAUGGGAGGGAAAGGGAGGACCGGAACUAUGGUCUGCUCGUACUUAGUCUACACUAACAGAUACCAAACCUCGAAGGAGGCGCUCGACUACUUCGCCGAACGCCGGACCGACAAAAGCAAAGGCGAGAAGUUUCAGGGCGUGGAGACCCCCUCCCAGUCCCGAUACGUCGAGUACUUCACCAAAGUUAUGACCCAAAUGUCGGGCAAUAUUCCCGAACCGAAACCACUGCGGCUCAAGAAUAUCAAGAUCUACGCGCUGUUAGGCGUGGGCGCCGGCAACGGCUCCGACCUCCAGUGCACCAUCAGUUUGAACCGCAAUCCCGUGUUUUGUCUGGAUUUCGGUAAUCAGAGUAACUGUCAAACGGAUUACGAUUCGGUGGCCGACGUGUUGACAGUGGAGCCCAUCAACUGUCCGGCACUGGCAGGGGAUGUCCGACUGAAGUUCAACUGUCGGUCAAAGUCUGUGCCGCGCGCUUACGAGGACUGCGCCUUUUACUUCUGGUUGAACACCGGGUUCAUUGUGGGCGACCGGUUCAGGUUAGACCGGACCCAACUCGAUAACCCACAUAAAUCUAAUACAUGGAAAGUCUAUAGAGAGAGCUUCGCCGUUGAACUCAAUUUUGAUCAAAUCAAACGAUUAUAA